CUUCUCCUCUAGAGAGCCUCUGAAAGCCCUUCCCUUCUUUCUGGAACCCAGGCGUCAUGACGUUUCAGCAGAAUGGGCCAAGCCUGGGCUGUCUUCAGAAGUAGAGAUUUGCAACCAACAUAAUGCUGGAGCUCCAAACUGGGAACAAGCAUUUCACAGCAUGGCACAGUUGGAACUUCAUCUCGACCAUGAUAUAUCGUGGUUCCUUCUACCCUCUUACUGGGCUAAAAUUGUUGUGGGGCUUAUUUCCUUCCUGUGUUUUGCUAACAGCUAUGAUGGAGAUUUUGUCUUUGAUGAUUCUGAGGCUAUCAUCAAUAAUAAGGACCUCAGGGCAGAAACCCCCCUUGGCGACCUAUGGCAUCACGACUUUUGGGGUAGCAAACUCAGCAGCAAUACCAGCCACAAAUCAUAUCGACCACUUACUGUCCUAACCUUCAGACUUAAUUACCUUUUUGCUGGAGGCUUCCACCCAGUUGGUUUUCAUGUCAUCAAUAUAAUACUGCAUUCCAUUAUCUGUGUGUUAAUGGUUGAUGUCUUCUCAAUAUUAUUGGGUGGGCUGCAGUACAGCAGUAAAGGAAGAAGGCUAAACCUUGCUCCAAGAGCAUCUCCACUAGCUGCUUUACUAUUUGCUGUACAUCCAGUACAUACUGAAUGUGUUGCAGGCAUUGUUGGCCGCGCAGACCUGCUAUGUGCCCUGUUCUUUUUGUUGUCUUUCCUUGGAUAUUGUAAAGCAUUUAGAGAAAAUAAAGAAGGAAACCAUUUUUCUGUAUUUUGGGUGCUGGUGAGCGUUCUCCUAGGUGCAAUAGCCAUGCUGUGCAAAGAACAAGGAAUUACAGUACUGGGUUUGAAUGCCGUAUUUGAUGCUCUGGUGAUUAGCAGACUAGAUAUUUUGGAGCUUGUUCACAAGGUACUGCAUAAGAACAAGUCACUGGAG